AUGGGUGGAACAGAGCGGCUGUGGCUGAUUGCAAGUCUGUGUCAGGUGGCUUUGCUGACCUGUGAACAACAUUCAAAUCCUGUUGAGGUUGAAGUUGAGUUUCAGUCUUUCUCUUUCAAUCAAGAUCCAGACUCUUACACAGUCACCUGCAGGACUGCAAGUAACCAUCUGGUGUAUGUGAAGCCCAUUGAUCCAUCAGCAUGUUCUCCUGGUUGCAAGACGUCCCUUCUACUGGUUGAGGACCGAAGAGGAUAUAACAUCACACUGAGCUCUGGCAGGAAUGACACCACACUCGAGGCAAAGACCUUUCACCUAAUUCCAGUGUCCCUGGCUUCCUUUCGUGUUCACACCACAACGACCUCCGCUCUCCUGACAUGGAAACUCCACAGACAGCAAAACCUCUCCACCCUGAGUCUAUACAACACUCACACACAAUCUGUCCCAGACACAUUUAAAGUGAGACCGUCCGAAGUAGAAAAGUCCCAGUACGUGGUGACAGGUCUCCGGCCUGGUACACGCUUCAAGGUCAGAGUUGUGGUGACCACAUCGCUCGGACAACUCAAUGUGAUCUUGAAGCAGAGCCUCGGCUUUGGCGUGGAAACAGCCCAGUGCCCCCCCGGGUGGCUGGCCAGUGGACGGAGCUGCUACACUGUGAGAAGAAGAGCUUUGACAUGGAGCGAUGCCCUGAACAGCUGUAAACAUCUGGCAGCUGGAAGUAACCUGGCUUAUCUCAAGAGUCUCGAUGAUUUUACUUUUGUAUCUACUCACCUGCUGAGCCACAACAACCUGCUGCUCCUCUGGACUGGACUCAGUGACCAGCAGGAAGAGGGCCGACCGCUCUGGACUGACGGCUCGUCAUACAACCUGACCGACACGAUGAUGACGUUACUGCCGGCCAAUCAGACGGACUGUUACGCCCUCCAGAGGAAUGCCACAGGACCAGGAUACUUCCUCACUCCAUUCUUCUGUGACAUCAAUUUACCCUUCAUCUGUCAGUACCAGGCCCCUCAAGUCCCUUCCUCCUUCUCCUUUGACCUGAUUCAGGUGACGGAGCAUCAGGUGGAGCUUCGCUGGAGUGACUUUUCCCCCCUGAGCUCACUUGAUCAUUCAUCCUUUGAGAUAUUCCUCCAGUACCAGAAGGAGGCAAAUGAAGAGUUGGGGCAAGGUGAAGAAAGUAGAAGCAGAACCUCAGAGGACAAAACACAAAAAAUGGUCAAAGUCCCCAUCUCCCUGUCAUCCAGAGGGGUAACCGUGGCAGGUUUGUCUCCAGGGAGCGUCUACUCUUUCACCCUUAGAGCCUCUCACCCUGCAGGAUCCAGCUGGAGCUUGGGACAGACACAGACUGCGUACACCAGGCCGCUUCCUCCACAGAACAUCACUGUGGGUUUUAUAACAGUCAGUCAGAUGAGUGUCCACUGGAUGCUGCCAGAUGUGCAGCACCUUGCUGGAGGGACAUUUGUUGUUCACUAUGAGGACAUGUCCUCGAGACACGAGAGGUUAGUUGGAAUGAGCAACAUCUCCUGCUCAUCAGAGACUGGUGGGUUGCAGUCGUGCAAGGCUGUGAUUGGAGGGCUGGAGACUCACAGGAAGUACAUGGUUGAAGUUUACGCGGUCACGCAGCACGGGAUCGAGAGCUGUGGACAGACGCCUGUGACUGGACAGACCGCGGUGAGGGCCCCUAGUGGCCUGGUGGUGUUGAGUUCCAGUGUAAAUCUGACAGUCUGCUGGACCCGUCCACAUGGCGACCCACCGGAUGCUUAUUACAUCACAGCCCACCCACUCAGUAGCCCCAGUGCUUCUUCACAGUGGAUAAACCAAUCCAGUCCUGGUGGAAACUGUGUUGAUCUGGGCCCAUUUACUCCAGGUCAGACUUAUGAAGUAGGAAUCAUUGCGGUGAUUGGAAAAGACAGGAGCAAGAAGACAAGCAUCACUCACACCACAGAUCCGUUACCUGUUCCGGUCACGGUGCCUCUGUCAGUCGGCUCAACCUCUGCACAGCUGUACAUUCAGCAUCCACAGCUGGGUCUGAUAGAUGGGGUGAAAGUGUGUGUGUGUCUGGGAGUUUGUGACACUGUGUGUGAGGGAUCGUGUGGGUAUUCCUGCGACUGGUACUCUCUCCCUGCUGGCGUUCACACUGUGACACUCAGGAACCUCAGUCCAGGAGCUGAGUACCAGCUGCGGGUUCUCAGCACCAGCCGGGAGCAGACGGGACCUCCGUGCUACACCCGUCCCUUUAGAACCAGUCUGGUCCCCCCCAGCAGAGUGAGGGAGGGCCUGGUGACAGUCUCAUCCAUUGAGCUGCUUUGGGAUCCCGCACGUGGACGAGCUCUCAGCUUCGAGGUCGUCUGCCUGAACUGUGACCGUCCACUCAAGGUGCAGAAGGUGUUCAACCAGAGCACAGUGUUCUCCAGUCUAACUCCGGGCAGACUUUAUCACUUUACAGUACGGACGGAGAAGGAGUCCUUCACUGACAGCUCCCCUGUCACCAUCAACAUCACAGCAGCUCCCAGCCCAGUGGAGCUGUCUCUUGUCAAUAAAACCACAUCAUCCAUUUGCAUCAGCUGGAGUCCGGGGAGGGGAGAGAUGAGCGCACUCAUCCUGUCAAUCAAAAACACCACAUCCCGUCAAGAGCUGAUCAUUUCUGAUGUGGCGCUCAGAUUAUACAGCUUUACAGGCCUUGCUCCUGGAAGCCAAUACACAAUUGACGUGAUUUGUACCAGCAGGGAAAGGAAAAGUAAACCGGCUUCUAUAAACAUCAAUACUUUCCCUGAGGUGCCGCAGGAAGUGGCUCUGUCAGCGCACAUAGUGACAUCAGCGUUUGUCACCUGGAGACCCCCGCCUGGUCAGGUGCAGGAGUACAAGCUUGGCUUUGGCCUGCUGUCCACGGAGGAGACAUCGUGGAUUGAUGUGCUUCUCCCGGGCACCAGUUAUGAGAUCAGGGGGUUGAUCCCAGGGUCAGACUACGGUGUGAACAUUCAGAGUGUGUUGGGCUCCGACACCAGUCAGCCGGUCCACAGAGAGUUCAGCACACGCCCUGCAGGGCUGUGCAGCCUCUACCUGGGCUACGUGAACUCUUCCUCCGUGUCAGUGAGCUGGGACAGUGCAGUCGGGCGGUUCGACUUUCACCGAGUCACGGUGUCCGGCACGUCGGACACACGCACGCUCACCGUGCCCAGGCAGCAGCAGGUUGCCCUGGUUACGGGGCUGCUGGAUGGCUGCAGCUACAACGUGAGCGCCGAGAGAGUGAGAGGAGUGACAGCAGGGAGCCCCGCCCACCUGACCGUUACCACAGUUCCAGCCCGUGUACGAGGAGUGCGUGUUUUCAACGUGUCUGCACGAGCGUUCUCUCUGCGCUGGGAGCCGGCGGUGGGAUGUGUGGAUCAUUACCUAGUGAGCCUGCAUCCUAUCCAGGGAAAAGUCACAGUGCACCCUGGGCAUGAUGGGUACAUUCAGGCUGAUGUGGUCGAUGUCAGUCCAGGGAAACAGUUCUCUGUGACGGUCUCAGCGGCCUCGUCCUCCAACAUCAGCCCCGGAAUCAGCCGCAUGAUCAGCACCAAUGAGAGCGUUCCUGGUCCCCCUUUGAGCCUUGAAGGAGAGGCUGUCGGGUCUAACGGUAUUCUGCUCUCCUGGACCAUGCCAUCUGAUGCCAACAAUAUCGAUGAAUAUGUCAUCAGGUACAAGGAAGUGUGUCCCUAUCCUGAUCCCACCUUCACACAGGUGACCAAGAACCUGGAAGUACCAGAGACGCUGAUCACUGACUUCACCUCAGGGUCUACAUACCACAUUCAGGUAGCAGCCAUAUCUCCAACUGGAAUUGGAGCACUGAGCAAAUCUAUCUACAUAAAGACUGCUGAGUCACCCCCUGGCUUGGUCACCAACCUCACAGCAUAUGCCCAGAACCACACCUCCGUCAUGGUUACCUGGUACCUGCCGCACCGCAUCAACGGCCUCAUUAACAAGUUUGCAGUCAAGGCAAAGCACGCUCGCACGGGGCAGACGGUCCGCACGCUGGAGGUCAACGCAGAGGACAUCAUGACUGUAGCGCUGCCUCACUGCAAUGAUGCUGCUGAUAUUCUGUCUCGUGCAACUCCGAGUCCCCCGGAGAUAACGGCCUCCUCCCCACCCAUCACCCUCUCCGCCGUGCCCCCGGCGGCCUCCUGGAGCGUGCCCAUAUCAGUGGGAGUUGAUCAGCUGCGUCCGUACACUGCCUAUCUCUUCGAAGUGUCUGCCUUCACGUCUGAUGGAGAGGGACAGAUAGCCUCCACCAUGGUCCGCAUGCCAGAGUCAGCUCCGGAAGACGCACCGCAAAACUUCGCUGUCCUGAACAUGACAUCAAGAUCAAUCUCUGUGUCCUGGAGUCCCCCCAAAAUCACCACAGGGAAGUUCAGCUACAUGCUCUACCUGUAUGGACCCACAGGAUUUCUGUAUGAGAACAGCACCGGGGACAUGCGGUUUGCUUUUAGCGGUUUGAUCCCAUACACAAGGUACAUGGUGGCCGUCCGAGCCAAAGCAGCUGGUGAAGUGGGUCCAGCGGCGCAAGAAGAAGUAGUUACACCUGCUGAAGCACCCAGUGCAGUGCAGAGCCUGGAGGCAGUCGCUGAGGAUUCAGUUUCAAUCCGUGUGAGUUGGAAAAUUCCGGCUCAACCUAACGGCCCCAUCACCCAGUACAGACUGCAGGUCCUGGUGGACGACACUCUGCUGCAGGACAUCACCCUCACUGCAGAGACGAAUGGAACCGAUUUGUACGAAGAGGGGACACUUUCUCCCGAUGUCCAUAACACCCCAAACCCGCUGCGCUUGUCCACACGUGAUGCAUCAAUUACGGGACACUUCUCAACACGCAGUGCAGCAACUUCUGGUAUUACGGGAGCUUCUGUGAGAGAGGAGGUGAUGGACGUCUUGUCUGAGGAUUUGUCGUACCUGGUGUUAGAUCUGAAUCCCUUCACUGACUACACGUUCAGGGUCACUGCUUCCACCACUGUGGGGGAGGGCCCUUCCACGAACAUCUCUGAGAAGACCAGGGAGCAGGUCCCGAGCUCCGUUCUUGAAGUGUCUUAUCAAAACAUCAGCUCCACCUCCAUACAAGUGAGCUGGGUCCCGCCAAUAAACCCUAAUGGACGGAUCACACACUACACCGUCUACGGCCGGCAACUGUACAGCACACAGGUGCUGAUGUGGAGUAGCAACACCACCAGCAUAUUGAUAACAGAUCUGGACAAGUAUACUGGUUAUACGCUGCGUGUGGCUGCAUCCACAGCUGUGGGAGAGAGCUCUCUGACUGAGGAAGAUGACAUCUUUGUUUACACCUUGGAGGACGAGCCUGACUCCCCCCCUGUGAACCUCACUGUGGUGGACACCAGCCCCUCUACCGUGACACUGGCCUGGUCUCCACCUGAGAGAGCCAACGGGCUGAUCCAACGUUACGAGGUCCUGUACGAGAACGAGUCCUACUCUGCUUUGAUGAACACCUCCUCAAACAGAGUGACCCUGACCAGCGUGAAGCCGUUCUCAUACUACAACGUGUCUGUGAGGGCGUACACGAGUUUCGGCCAUGGCAACCAGACGUCAGACACUUUACACCUCCUGUCUGGAGAAGAUGUCCCGGGCAGUCCUCCGUACGGCCUCUCCUACGAGUCAGUCAGCCCGAGCGAGGUGAAUGUGACCUGGCAGCCGCCUCUGCUUCCUAACGGCCUCAUCACCCACUACAGCCUGCAGCUUUGGAAUUCCACUCACUACCUGAACCUCACCACCCCGACCAGCCACAUCCACAUCACGCACCUGCGGAAGUACGCGCAAUACCGCCUCAUGGUGCAGGCGCACACAAGUGUCGGGCCGGGGAACCACAGCAGUGAGCCGCUCAACGUCACCACACUGGAGGAUGCUCCAGACACACCUCCUCAGUUCCUCCUUGCCAGAAAGCUGUCAGACUACGAGGUGGAGUUGUCAUGGCAACCACCACUUGAAGCAAAUUCAGACAUACUCUACUACAUUGUCAAAGUUUGGAAUGAAACGAGUGAGCUGUGGCAGAAUGUGACAGACACGUCAGUGGUUAUUAACGUGGACUCAGAGAGUCGCUACAAUGCGUCUGUCUCCAGCUGGACCAGACUGGGAGAUGGAGGCGUGUUGAUCUUGAUCAGCUUCACCACCACAGAUGCAGAGCCGUUUGACCCUCCACAGAAUGUGACUGUUGCAAAUGUGACGGCCUCCUCCAUCACCCUGCUGUGGAACCCACCCACUGAACCAAAUGGAAUCAUUGUGCACUUCACUAUUUACUACUCUGAUAACAGCACUGUGACUGUGCAGAGAGUUCCCAUCUCAGACUUACCCGCCCCUGCCUCUCCUGACUCCCCCCUCUCCUUCACUCUGACUGGGCUGACCGGGGGCACUAAUUACACCAUGUGGAUGACCUCCAGCACCAUGCAGGGGGACGGCGGGGUCCAGAGCGAGACACUGACACUGCUCCUGCCAGAGGACGUGCCGAGCGACUCCGUUCGAAACCUGACGGCUCAGAUCUUCAGCUCCACGGCCAUCAUCGUCAGCUGGGACCCGCCCAUGGAGCCCAACGGCCGUCCUUACUACCUGCUCACCUUACAGGAAGCUGGCAUCCCCCCAGAUGUUCCCAAUCAGGGUGCUCCAGCUGUCAACAAGACCAUCAAGCACACCACGACUGACAAUGUCUUCCUCUUCACCAGACUCAGGAAGUAUUUCCCCUAUGUGCUCACUGUUACCCCAGCAACCGGUGCUGGCCCCUCCUACAACCACACCAGCACAAUGUACCUGAGGACGGAUGACGACAUCCCUAGUUCUGCUCCGUUGUUGGUCUCCACCAGGAACCUGUCGUCGUCCGCCAUCGCCGUGGUCUGGCAGCGCCCUCUGGAGGCCAACGGGGAGAUAUCUGAGUAUACCCUCACUCUGGUCGGCCCAGCGGGCUCCAACACAACACAAACAUCCAACACCUCGUUCAUCCUCGACAACCUACUUCCAUACACGGCGUACAACCUCAGCAUCACAGCGUUGACACGUAAAGGCUCGGGGCCUCAUCUGCUGCUGCAGCUGCACACGGAUGAAGGAGGCCCCAUGUCCCCUCCCCGUAACCUGACUAUAUACAACCACACGGACGUCUCUGUGUGGCUGAGCUGGGAGCCUCCUUUGGAGCCCAAUGGUGUGGUGAUCCAGUACGGCUUCAGGACCCGAGACCUCAUCACACACACCGUCACACACCAGAAUUCGUCCGGUCCGUCGACCACAGAGUAUCUUUCUGGCUUCAGGCCUCACAGCUCCUAUGAGAUCAGUGUGUACAGCUACACCAGAGUGGGCCAUGGGAAUCAGUUCAGUAGCCCCGUGACCUUCACCACUAACGAGUCAGUAUCUGAUGCUGUGGGGAACCUCUCUUGCUCGGGAGGGAGCUGGGAUUCAAUUUUGCUGUCCUGGGAAGUUCCAGUCAACCCUAAUGGACAGAUCGUUUUUUAUGAGAUUUCAGUGGAGGUCGAUUUUCAGUCGUACACACACCAGGCUCACUCGCCAGAGUACACAGUGAGUGGGCUGUCCCCAGAUCAGACGUACACACUCACCGUGGCAGCAGUCAACUCCGCAGGACCCGGAGACGCAUUAAACUGUACCGCCUCCACUCUUUCUGAAUCAGUCCCAGCUGCACCUCGCUCCCUCACCGUCUCUGAGGUCACACCUACCAAUGUGACGCUUCACUGGGCUCCGCCGCUCUCCAUACCCGGCCUGCUGAUAGAGUACCACAUCAUUGCUCAGCUGCUUUCAACUGUUUGUGAACCAAACAUCGUACCCACGGCCCAGUCGCCCGCAGAGGACGAGCUGACCUCAGACUGUGUGGACUCUCAUGUCCUGGUGUCAGUCAAUGGCAGCGAGGAGAACCCCAACAGCAUCACACUCCAGUCCCUCAAUAAAUACAGAUACUACCGCUUCAAAGUGGCCGCUGUGACCAACGCGGGAGUCGGAGAGUACACGCGCUGGAGUUAUGCACGCACCCUCGCUGGAAACCCUGAUGUUCCUCCCCGUGACCUGAGGGUCACCCCAUCUUCCAACAGCCUUCGCAUUGCAUGGAGCGCUCCAGCUGUUCUCUCUGGGCCGACAUCAUAUCUCGUUCAGGUGGAAGGUCCUGGUUGGAACACGUCAACAGUCCGGGCUCCAGGAGAGUUGACAACUGUUGUUGUGACGAACUUGACCGCUUUCACACGCUACUCUGUGACCGUCACUGCCUUCACUGGUCCACUGGCACUGGCUGCAAGCGAUGGGAAAGCUGUUGGACCCACUGGAUUUCAAACGUUGGAGGAGGAACCCAAAGACCCUCCCAAGAACGUGAUUGUAUCAGUCAUCCCGGAGGAAGUGAACCGUGUGAAGUUGACCUUCACGCCCCCAGCAGAGCCCAAUGGAAACAUCACCGCCUACUUUGUGUACGUGUACGAAAAGGAGCGGCUGGUCAAGAACAUCAGUCUCAAUAUCUUUCAGAGAGAAGACAACAACACGCUGGCGGCUGUCAUCGAGGGCCUGAAGGGAGGACACAACUACACUAUACAGAUUUCAGCCAGGAACGGGGCCGGCAGGAGUCCGCCCAGCCCACAUGUCCAGAUAACCACAGGAAUCAAAGCCCCGGCCAAGCCAACCCAAAGACCCCAGGCAGUGCUGGGACACGGAGGGGUUGCCAUAGUAACCCACAGGAGUAUCACCAUCUGCUUGCCUGCCUGUUUCUAUAGUGACAACAAUGGACCAAUCACAAAAAUUCAGGUCGUUGUGGCCGAGUCAGGGGUGAAGGACGUCCAGAACUUGACCAACUGGAAGAAUGCAUUUUUGGAUCGUCCCGGCCCCUACCUGACUGACAGGGGUUUCCCCAACCCGCAGUGUGUUUCGGGGGACGGGCUGUCACGCACGGGCGCACACUUCAGACGCAGUGUGCCUGGAGACAGCCGGCCCCUGGUGAGGCACAAUCACACUAUUGCAGGAACCUACGUGAUCGGGGAGAAUGAUGACUGUAUGCGGGAGAACAACACCGAUAAUUUCUGCAACGGGCCUCUGAAAGCCAACACGGUCUAUGUGUUUAAGUUCAGAGCUACUAACAUCAACGGCCAAUACACAGACUCUGAUUUCUCUGACCAUGUCAAAACUACAGCGGACGGGCUGUUGACCAGAGAAGAGCAGAUCAUUCUGGGGGUUCUGCUUUCCUUCUUCUUGGCCUUGUUACUCAUCAUCAUCAUCUGUGCCUCAGUCAAGAUCCAUCAGCGCAAGAAGGAGGGCGGGACUUAUUCACCACGAGAGGCGGAAAUCAUAGAGACCAAGUGUAAACUCGAUCAGCUGAUCGCUGUGGCCGAUCUGGAGCUGAAACAAGAGAAACUCAACCGGUAUUCUUCCUUCUUCUUUAGACGGAAAGAGAUUUAUGUCAUCCAGCUUCUCAGCUACAGGAAAUCACUCAAGCCUGUCAACAAAAAGUCUUUCCUGCAGCAUGUCGAGGAUCUGUGUGCCAAUGACAACGCCAAGUUCCAGGAAGAGUUUGGUGAGCUCCCAAAGCUGCUGCAGGACCUGGCCACCACAGAUGCUGAUCUGCCCUGGAACAAAUCCAAAAACCGCUUCCCUAACAUCAAACCGUACAAUAACAACCGAGUGAAGCUGCUGUCAGAACCGGGCACUGCAGGCUCGGACUACAUCAACGCCAGCUUCGUCUCAGGCUACCUGUGUCCCAACGAGUUCAUCGCGACUCAGGGUCCUCUGCCGGGCACAGUGGCCGACUUUUGGAGGAUGAUUUGGGAAACGGGGACCCGCACCAUCGCCAUGCUCACACAGUGUUACGAAAAAGGCAGAAUUCGGUGUCACAAGUACUGGCCUGAGGACAACAAGCCAAUGUCAGUGUUUAGUGACAUUCUCAUUUCAAAAGUGUCAGAGGAAGUCCUGCCUGACUGGACUGUCAGGACCCUGAAAGUAGAAAAGCACGGACACUACAUUCUGGUUCGCCACUUCAACUACACGUCGUGGCCUGAGCACGGGGUCCCAGAGUCCUGCAGCACGCUCAUUAAGUUUGUCAAAGCUGUCCGGGCCCACAGACACGAAAGCACCACCAUCGCGGUUCACUGCAGUGCUGGUGUGGGGAGGACUGGUGUGUUUAUCGCCUUAGACCACCUCAUCCAGCACGUCAGAGAUCACGACUUCGUGGAUAUCUACGGCCUGGUGGCCGAGCUGCGCAGCGAGAGGAUGUGCAUGGUGCAGAAUCUGGCCCAGUACAUCUUCCUGCACCAGAGUACGCUGGAACUUCUCAACAACAAAGGCAACAGCCAAUCCAUCUGGUUUGUCAGCUACUCUGCUCUGGAGAAGAUGGACUCUCUGGAAGCAAUGGAAGGUGACGUUGAGCUGGAAUGGGAAGAGACCACCAUGUAAAGACAAACCGAGGGACACCUGCACCCGAGUGACAAGGGACCUGUGCACAGACCCUGGACAGGGCGGCCCGCACCACGUAAAGGAAGAGG